ACAACAUUGUAACUUCGUUAUUAGGAACACGGUCUAGAACAUCGGGCGCGACUGUUGCGUACACAUUUUUGUACUUUCCCAUAUGAUCUGGUUAAUUUUAAUCGUUUUGCAGAUAAGACUAAGUUGGAUAAUAAUUUAUAACAUACUCGGAGGCCGUUCAGUAUUUUUGAGUAUAUAUACAGAGGAAAAUACUUUACAAAGUAUCAGUUUCUUCCUAGUUCUGGUAAAACAUCCAGCGAAUAUCUCAGACAAAAUGAAAUUCUUGGUUACUUUUGCUUUAUUGGCCUUCGCUGUCUCCGCUCAUGCCUCAGCUAUAGGUUUAGGUUAUGGCGGAGUUGGUCUAAUCAAUCCACUAGCUCUUAGUCCUAUUGGACCAUCUGGAAUCGUAACUGGUGCAGGCGCUGCAGGACCUUCUGGUGUUGUAACUGGUGCUGGAGCCGCUGGGCCUGCUGGAAUUGUUACCGGAACUGGAGCUGUUGGACCAACUGGACCUAAUGGAAUUGGAUAUUUGGGAGCACCAGCUUUAGGCUUGGGUCUCGCUGGACCCGGACCAUCUGGAAUCGUAACCGGUGUAGGCGCUGCAGGACCUUCUGGUGUUGUAACUGGUGCUGGAGCCGCCGGACCUGCUGGAAUUGUUACUGGAGUCGGAGCUGUUGGACCAACUGGACCUAAUGGAAUUGGAUAUUUGGGAGCACCAGCUUUAGGUUUAGGUCUUGCUAGACCUGGUUUGGGACUUGGCUUGAUCGGACACUGAUAUUUUAUUAAUAUUUGUAACGUACUUCUUUAUAUCGAACUAGUAGUGCUUUGAAUAUAUAUAUAUAUUUAUUGCAAUAAAUUAAAUUAAAAAUUA